CGGCGCAUGCGUGCUGCGUGUCUCCUUGGCGCGGCGCGGCGGAGGGCGAGCCCGGGCCUCAAGGAGAGGGAUCGGGACAAGGAGGAGCAGCAGGAGCGGGGAUCGGCGCUACCGCUGCCGCCAUGCUCCUGUGCGCUGUUCUGCGCGCCGCGGCCGCACGCUCGGCAAGACAGAUCCGAUACCUGCAUGGAACAGCAGAGCGCAAUGCCACUGGAGCCUUAUUUGUGCAUAGAGAUAGUCCUGAAAACAAUCCAGAGACUCCAUUUGAGUUCACACCUGAAAACCUAAAGCGAAUAGAAGCGAUCAUAAACAACUACCCAGAGGGACACAAGUCUGCAGCUGUCAUGGCAGUACUGGAUUUGGCCCAAAGACAGCAUGGAUGGCUGCCCAUAUCAGCUAUGAACAAGGUUGCUGAAGUUUUAGAAAUGCCUCCCAUGAGAGUCUAUGAAGUAGCAACCUUUUACACCAUGUACAAUCGCAAACCUGUUGGGAAAUACCACAUUCAGGUCUGCACCACCACGCCAUGCAUGCUGCGAGACUCUGACAGCAUUUUAGAAGCCAUUAAGAAGAAACUUGGUAUUAAAGUUGGAGAAACAACACCUGAUAAGCUCUUCACGCUGAUAGAAGUGGAAUGUUUAGGUGCUUGCGUAAAUGCACCAAUGGUACAAAUAAAUGACAAUUACUAUGAAGAUUUGACACCCAAAGAUAUUGAAGACAUAAUUGAUGAGCUGAAGGCUGGCAAAGUUCCCAAACCAGGCCCAAGGAGUGGACGUUUUUCUUGUGAGCCAGCUGGUGGCCUUACUUCCCUGACUCAGCCACCCAAAGGACCAGGUUUUGGAGUUCGAGAUGAUCUCUAAGGAUUUUUGUAAUAUAUAAUGAACUGUCUGAAAAGAAUAAAGUAUCUUCAAUCUCAGUAAAA